UCUCCGUCUCUCUCUCUUGCCGUCGCCGUCGCCCGCUCGCCCAAGUCGUCGCCCAGUCGCUGCCCAGCUCAGCUCCGACGCGAGCAGAGCAGAACCGCGCAACGCAAGCGCGCGUCUCUCCCUCCACAGCUCCGGCUCCGCUCCGCUGGACGCGUCACGGUUCGCUGCGGACCUGUUUUCGCGGCGGCUGCUGAGGCGGUAGGUAGCAGGCGGCUCGUCGUCCCUGCGCCGCGCGGCCGCGCUUCCGAUCUGACUGGCGGCUUCGGGUCGACGCGGAGAUGCAGAGGCAGGGGCGGCACCUGGAGCGGUCCAACUCGAAGCGGGCGCUCGACCAUGGUGGCGGCGGCGGCGGCUGCGACGACGAUGACCGCGCGCCUAAGCGCCCGCGCGUCCCCGCCCUCGCGAGUGUCAUUGUAGAAGCCCUCAAGGUGGACAGUUUACAGAAGCUUUGCUCAUCACUGGAGCCGAUUCUACGCAGAGUUGUCAGUGAAGAAGUAGAGCGUGCUUUAACCAAAUUGGCCCCGGCUGGUCCUGCUAGGAUCCAAGGAAGGAGCAGCUCUCCCAAGCAAAUUGAAGGCCCUGAUGGUAAAAAUCUCCAGCUUCAGUUUAGGACUAGGUUAUCCCUUCCACUCUUUACUGGAGGGAAAGUAGAAGGCGAGCAGGGAGCAGCAAUUCAUGUUGUGCUGCUAGAUGCAAACACUGGACAUGCCAUUACUGCAGGACCUGAGUCAUCUGCGAAACUGGAUGUUCUAGUGCUUGAGGGAGAUUUUAAUAAAGAGGAAGAUGCGGGUUGGACUGAAGAAGACUUUGAAAGUCACAUAGUUAAAGAACGUGAAGGGAAGAGGCCUCUUUUAACUGGUGACCUCCAGGUGACCCUUAAAGAAGGUGUUGGGACCAUUGGAGAGCUUAUUUUUACUGACAAUUCCAGCUGGAUAAGAAGCCGGAAAUUUAGACUUGGGUUAAGAGUCUCUUCAGGGUUUUGUGAAGGAAUUCGGAUUAUGGAGGCAAAAACAGAGGCUUUUACUGUUAAAGACCACAGAGGCGAAUUGUACAAGAAGCACUAUCCUCCUGCACUAAAGGAUGAGGUAUGGAGAUUAGAAAAGAUUGGAAAGGAUGGUUCAUUCCACAAGAGAUUAAACUCAAGUGGAAUUUAUACAGUUGAACACUUUCUUCAAUUUCUUGUUAGAGACCAGCAGAAGUUAAGAAGUAUUCUUGGCAGUAACAUGUCAAAUAGGAUGUGGGAAAGUCUUGUUGAGCAUGCGAAGACUUGUGUUUUGAGCGGCAAGCAUUAUAUAUAUUACUCAAGUGAUGCCAGAAGUGUCGGUGCAAUUUUCAAUAACAUAUAUGAAUUCACUGGUUUGAUCGCUGAUGAUCAGUUCAUUUCUGCUGAAAAUCUCACUGAAAACCAGAGGGUUUUUGCUGACACGUUGGUGAAGCAAGCAUAUGAUGAUUGGAUCAAUGUUGUAGAAUAUGAUGGGAAGGCACUAUUGAGAUUCAAGCAGAAAAAGAAAUCUGUUAUGACUAGAAGUGAAACAGCAAAGUCUUCAUCAAGUGACCCUGCAUCAAAUGGUUUAAUGCAUUCGCAGAAACAAUUGGUAGGAGGUCCUGCAAAUGCUGAGCAGUCUUCCCUGAGCAAUAUUAGUGAAGAUGCAACUAGAAUCGCAUCCAUCGGGAAUCAAGUAGCAAGAGGUUAUGCAGCCAAUCCUCAGGACAUGGCACCAAGUAUGACCAUGCAGUUUGACAUGAGUUCGUUGGCCCCUGAAGGCCAGUUCAGCGGUUCGUCCAUCCAAACUCAAGCUUCAAGAAGCUCCAACUUGCUAGCACUGCGCCCUAUGCAGCAGCAGCAGCCGCUGCUGCAAAACUUUGAGUUCUCCAGGCUUGGUGGUCAGUCCAUCCAACCUUCAGCUCUCAACCCUUACGAGGACUGGUCGCGGUUACAGGAGAACCACGGAGGUGCCGAUGACUACUUGAUGGAGGAGAUAAGGGCGAGGAGCCACGAGAUACUGGAGAACGAUGAGAUGCAACAGAUGUUGCGCAUUUUGAGCAUGGGCGGGGCACCGACCGGCCUCAGCAAUGUCGACAGCUUCCCUUCGUACCCAUCUCCUGCCCCAGCCUUCAGCUUCGAGGACGACCGCUCUCGCUCUCGCUCGUCCGGUAAAGCCGUUGUUGGGUGGCUGAAGAUUAAGGCCGCGAUGCGGUGGGGCAUCUUCGUCAGGAGGAAAGCGGCCGAGAGACGAGCUCAGCUUGUUGAGCUUGAAGACUAGCGGGUGCGGGGCUGGAGUGUUCAGCUUAUUUCCGCAGAGGGCUAGCAGAUGCUGCAAUGUUGUAAUUGUAACACGCCUCCGUUGCACAAUAGCUCCAUUGAUAUUUGUAACUAAUGGCAACAUUGGAUGGGAUGACGAUUAAGACCGAGCUUUUACAAAUGAACUCACAUUUGUUGUAUACUUGUAUAGAUGUCCGGAGAUAUGAUGGUCAC